AUGAAUCAGGAUUUCCCUCUGGGGCAGCCGUCUGACUCGUACUCGAAGAUGUUCCUGGCUUCGGCGACUUUGACGCCAGCCGGAGGCUUCAAGGAGCCUGCAAUCGAGUACGACGAACAAACACAAGCUCUGAACCAGCCUUUGGCGCCGCCUCGAGCCCAACAACCAAAGAAUAACUCCAUCAACUAUUCCUCGGCCCCGCCUCCACCUCUAGGCGUACCUAUAGUGGUCAAUUCGACGCCGUACGGGCAAUAUGGCGAUGUGGGCCAGCAAUCCACUCAGUUCUCACCAACACCACAAAGCAGAAAUUCCAUCGCUGGUGUUGCCCAGAAUCCUGGUCAUAACGUCCAUGUGGGGCAUGUUCCUCAGAACUUAAUGAAUAAUCAUCAGCAGCAGCAACAGCAACAGCAGCAUCAACAACGACUGUCGCUACUGCAACCACAGUUACCACAAGAGCAGCAUCUUCAGCAUCCACAACCACACACGCAAUAUCUGCAACCACAACCACAACAUCAUCACCAGCAUCAACAUCAACAUCAACAUCCACUCCACCCACAGCAUUCCCAUCCACAUCAUCACCAUCAUCAUCCACAGGCGCCCCUUCAGCACCACACUCCCCUUCAGCAUCGCCAGUCUCUGGUUCUUCCGCAGAACAACUUACCUGUUCCAGAGGCUGAGCUUCGAACCCAGGAUCAGUAUCUGCAGAUGCAACCACUGGUAAUACACUCUCGCCAAUCGCAAGACGAGUCUCACAAGACAAGGUUCCUUGAGCAGGAUGUGGAGCUCCUCAAGCAGCUUCUUCCAGCGGGCGAGAAGCAUAAAUGGAAGCAGAUUGCCAAGCAGAUCAACCGUCACAACCAAAUCAGCGGCAACGGUGAUGUGAGUGUCAAUGGAAGCAGUAAUGGAGUUGUUGACGGCAAUGGUAACGGUAACGGCAACACCAGUGAAAGCACCAGCAAUAGCACUAGCGGCACAGGCCGUAGUGGAACGCUGUCGUCGUUAGAACUGGAGGAGGAUCUUUCCAAUGGCCAAUCAGGCAGUCUCAACAGAAAGACCGUUUCGGCAACUUAUGUUGUGCGUCAGUACCAGCAGAUGCUAGGCUUUCCAAAGACGCUGGGUGCCUUUGGAGACUUGGGGUCGUCGUUGCCGUAUGCUGUGGCUGAGAAAGGGUGGGAUGAUAUUGACGAGGACGAAAUACGCAUAUUCAACGAGGACUAG